CAAAAAACCACAGAUGAGUUAACUCAAGUAAACUCAAAUUCAAAUAUAAAUCAAAAUGUAACGGCAGAAACAAGUUCUGAUAAUCUAACUAAAAAAAGAUCCGAUGAUCAUGCUGAUUCACAGAGACCUGCACAGAGGACAAGUAAGAGAUUGAAGGUUGAACAAGAGGUAGACGAAACUGAACUUUUUAAUGUACAUACCACUUUCUUCUCGCAACUGUCUUCUAUACUAAGUGAACUAGAAGUAGAACUUCCAUAUACGUUUGACUUUUAUUCCUCAAAUAUUUUAGCUGGCACUAACCAGGAGUUCAUGCCGCUGGUUGAUUUGUUCAAUUGUUUAAAAACUUGGAAUUCCAGACAUGCAGAUAUUUUCACACAAAAUACUUAUUAUUCAAAUUCUGUUAAUAGCUCUGAUCCAAAUUCAGAGAAAGAUGAAUCAUUACAACUUGCUACUUUGUUGAAAUCAAAUGUAGCAGAUGAAUUUGGUGAAAAAGAGAAUUUCGAAAAAAAAUUAACAGAUCUGUCAUCUAUUGAAAUUCAGGAAUUUAUUGACCGUGUUAACAAGGGAGAACUGCACUACCAUGAAGUUAGAUUAAGACUAAUAGAUAAACUUUUAAACUCAAAUGGCCCUGAUAAUAACAAUGAACGACUUGUUAUUAAUUACCUAUGGCCUAAGUCUUUAUUUUCAAAUAUCGAGUGGCUGCUGAUGGGUGUCGAAUCUUCAAUGUUUGAUUUUCUCACUGAAAAUUUAGAAAAAUACUCUUAUUUAGCAUUGACUGUUUUAGAGUUCCUAGUAAACUUUUUGGGAUCAAUCACCGAUGAUAUUAAUUUGAAAAAGCUACAAGGAUAUAAAACUAAUGAAUUGAAGACGCAGAAAUAUAAAGUUAAUUUAAGAAUUAAAAAAUGGAUAAAGUUGUUGGAAAAGGUCCACAAUGAAGAUGCAAAAUGGAAUAUAUUUUUUAAAUGGGCUCGUUACUGCUAUUUUCAAUAUUGUUCGGACUUGAUAGAUCAACAAUUAAUAGAAACAUUAACCAUUAUAGAGGAAGAGAUCGAAAAGUAUGACCCAUCUUUUGAUGUUUUAUUCCCAAAUUAUCGAUAUGUACCACACUUGAAUUUAUCAAUUAUCAGGGGACAAAUUAAGAAAAUAAAUAUCGUCCAAAAGCUAACAAUUGUGGAUUUAGAAAGCACUAAACCUAUAGAAAAUGAGAUAGAUAGCCAUAUUUCUCUUCUAGAACGUGUGCUGUUACAAAGUAUCAAUAUUUCAAAUGACGCAGCCUCAGAAGACAAUGAAAUUGUGUCUUUCAUAGAAAGUUCGCCUUUUUUACUCCAGUUGAAGCUAUGGGAAGUAUUAUUUUUAUUCUACUUUGAACAAAAUUUGUCAAAUAAGAUAUUGAAAUGUUAUAUUUAUAUAUUAAAGCUUCUUUUGAAGAAAUUGUCAUCAACAGAAUAUUCAGAACAACCUGAACAAGGUAGGCAGCAAAUGCUACUGACAUGUCUCUCAUCAAUUGGAUACUUUACUUCCAAAGUCAUAGCAAAUAUUGUCGAUAACAUCUCAACUAUUGAUAAUCUGGUGCCUGAAAAGGAAGACAUCAAUGUCUUAAUUAAUGUAUUCAUCUUAUUUUUUACUGUUCUAUUUUUUGAAACUUCAAACACUAAUGAUACUUCACUAAAGUCUUUUUUUAGUAGAGCAAAUAAAUCAGCAAAGAAAAUGAAGGAGAUUUUUACUGAUUUACUCUCAAUUUUACUUUACAUUUUAAAUUAUGAAUUUUCAAAGGUUUCCCCUGAACAUGUCGGUGAUUUGACUACAAAAUGUGUGUCAACUUUUCAUAUGCUGCUGGGUCAUUUCAAAUUUUGUGAUUCAUCAAACUGCAAUUUCCUUAGAAUAUCUGAAAAUAUAUUAUGUCACCAUGUUGAUAAGAGUGCUUAUGUUCCAUUGAAACAAAUCUUAUGGUGUCGUUAUCAUUAUUCAUUUUCAGCUGAUAACUCUUCUCUAGAAGAUCACUCAACGAAAGCCGACACAAUGGAUAAAAUAAAUGCUUUGCCAUUAGGCAUUUACUUGAUAAAGCUUCAGUAUAAUGGAAAAAAUCCACUAUUAGUAGGUGGCAGCAAAUCUUCUUUAAAACAGGUUCUUGAUGAUAUCAUUGACACAAUCGGAGACCCUUCUAAAUCAGAAAACUUUAUUAUGACAAGAAAUAAUUAUCUUCUCAGUUAUUAUCUAAACACACCAAUCACUACAAAACUGUUUAGAGAUUCAUUUAAGGGAUUAAAUAAGGUAAAUUUUACUUCUCCUAACGAUGACCUUCAGACAGCGGUUGAUGCUGGUUUAUUUUACAUUUCAAGCAUUCAAGCAUUAAACUUUUAUAGUGUCAGAAAAAAGUCAAUGCAAGCUAGACCUUCAGAAUUAGAUGCUAUAAUAUGUAUGCUAAAAACGGAUAUUUUGUAUAAUACAAGAAGAUUCGAAACCUGGUAUAUGCUAGGGAAAUGCUAUUCAUAUAUAGUAGAGGACGAUUUGACAUGGACUUCAGACAAGAUAUCUAUACCAGAUAAGAAAAGGACUACUGCAAAUACGCAGAAGGAAGCUAUACUUUGCUAUUUAAUGUCUUUAAGUAUAUUUUUCUUAACUGACAAUUAUACUAAUGAUGAUAGAAAAGUUGUAGCAAAGACUUUGGAGUCUUUGGGGAAAGAACUGCUGAAUGGAUACUAUAAGCCAAUGGAAAAAUUAUGUUACACUUGGAAUUUCCCAAAUAAAUUUUUAAAAUUAACUAAUGAGUAUGAAGUAGUUGAAGAAAAAUUGAAAGAUUCUAAUUCUAUUUCAAAUUUCAAUAUCGAACAGGCAAUAUUGUUAUGUUUCCACAAGGCAAAUCAAAUCAGAGAUGGUGAUAAGGAAAAAAAAGAUUUGGAUAAGCAAAAUUGGAUAAAUUUUCACAUUAUUGCGAAAGUGUUGUUUAAAUCUGACAAAUCAUCAUCAAUUCAUCUUGUAAAAAAUAAUAUUUUAAGCGCAUGUAAAAUCGCAAUGUCAGUGUCUUCACCGAAGGAACCUAUCAUAGAACCGCAUUAUACUAUUGUAAAUAUUUGUUACAAACUAGUAAAGGGUAAUCUAAUUAAUGUUGAUGAAGCAUUGUUAUUUUUAUCAGAAAACAAUGAAUUCUUUGAAAAAGAUGAAUCAUAUUGGAAUAUUGAUAACUCUAUAACUGAAGAUUAUAGGAAGAAGGCAUAUUUCACAAAAAUUAUAGAUCUUCUAAAACUGAUUUUACAUUUAGAUAAAAAAAAGUGGCAACAUAGGCCUAGAUUUAGAAUUGCCAAAAUUCUUCAUCAUGAUUUUAAUGAUAUCAAUGGUGCACUAAAAGAAAUGGACAACUUAAUAUCACUAAAAAGUGUGAAUAAGAAUCUUGUAAAUAUUUGGAAACCUGAUUUAGAAAGACCAGGAAAACAUUUUGUUUACACUUAUCAAUAUAUUAUGUUUUACAUUGAGUUAUUAAAUGACAAAAAAGAUUAUAAUUCAAUUGGUUUGGCCAUUAAGAAGAUUAGAAGAUUCAGCUCUGGUAUGGCUUAUGUUCCAGAAGCCAUUGAACAAACAAUCUCACUUUAUGUACAAUGCAUUGCUCGUGAAUUAAAAUUCGACGAAAAGUAUUAUACUGAACAUUUACUUCCAUCAAUGAAUUAUCAGGACUUUUUGAAAACAAGCAAAAUGUUAGUAAGUUCGUUCAAAAAAUCAGAUUAUGAAGACCAUCUAAUUGAAUCGCUUUCAACCUCAUAUCAAUUGAAAAAAGGGAACAAUGGUAUAGCUUUUGAUGGAACAUGCUUGUCUAUUUAUUUCAAAUAUUUUUACCAGCCAUUUGCUGAAACAAUACCUAAAGAACAAUCAACUCCGGAAUUGACAUUAACCAUUAUUAGUGAUCCAAAACAGGGUACCAAAGGAAACAAUAGUGGAAGCAACGCUUCCAAUGUAUCGAAAUCAAAUGCUUUAAGAAAGCGAGUAAGCAAGAAAGACGCAUUUGAUGCAAUCAAGGCAUUAACAGAAAAACUUCCAUAA